CAAAAACAGAUAGAGAAGCAGCCCAGCGGUGAGAAGAGGGCGGCCCGUCGACUAGGUGAGCGGACUUGUUUCACAGAGGUUGGUCAGACACCGUUCACACAGACGAAGAGUGAAGGCGCUGCAGCAGGCAGACACACGAACAGUGACACCGAGCCAUGGUGAAGAUCAGUUUCCAGUCUGUCGCGGGACAGAAAGUGGAAAAGGAGAAUGAUGGCGACAAGACCGAAAUUCUCAUCCCUCAUCCGAUGGAUGAGGAGGAGCUAGUCCUGCCGCUUAGGCCCAAGAAGUCUCUCCUUAACGGCCUGUGCUGCCUGACAUUUGGCCUGGUUGUGUUCAUGGCCGGUCUGGUCCUUGCCUCCAUCUAUGUCUACCGCUACUACUUUAUACCUCAUAUCCCAGAGGAGAACCUGUUCCACUGCCGGGUGCUUUAUGAAGACUCUGUGUACGCCCCACUGCGUGGGCGUCAGGAGCUGGAGGAAAAUGUUGGCAUCUACUUGGCCGACAACUACGAGAAGAUCUCUGUGCCCGUGCCUCACUUUGGAGGCAGCGACCCUGCUGACAUAAUCCACGACUUCCACAGAGGACUUACCGCCUACCAUGACAUUGCCCUGGACAAGUGCUACGUUAUUGAGCUCAACACCACCAUCGUGAUGCCUCCACGCAACCUCUGGGAACUUCUUAUCAACGUCAAGAAAGGAACAUACUUGCCUCAGACCUACAUCAUCCAUGAAGACAUGGUGGUGACGGGCAAAGUGCACAACAUGCGUCAGCUGGGACCCUUCAUCUACCGCCUGUGCAACGGGAAGGACACGUACCGCCUGAACCGUCGAGUCACUCGCAGACGCAUCAACAAGCGCGAGGCAAAAGACUGCCACCACAUCCGUCACUUUGAGAAUACAUUUGUGGUGGAGACUGUUAUCUGCGAUGAAGCGUAAACACCACGGUUAUCCAUGCCACCCCACCCACCUAAAGCCCACAGUCACUUCCCCAGCCACUGUAGCACCCUCCGGUGGAUCAGAUCAUGUCUGAGUUGCACUUUACUUGUGAUUUUGGUUUGAGACCUUUUGUUAAAGAUUUUCUUUUAUUUCACUACCUGCCUGUUUUUUCUCUAUUUCCCAUAGGUAAUAUUUACCCUGAAGUGUGAUGCAAUACUAAGCUGUUGGUUCUAUCACAGGAUUUUCCAUGUAGCAAAGUCCUUAAGCCAGUAAUGAAUUAUACUUUGAAAACCUCUCCUCUUGCUCUUUGGGGAUUUGUGUGAUGGUUACUGUCGUUGGGGGAGGUGACUGUUUUCUUUUGUUUUUUUUUUCUCCUCCCCUGGAGGUUACUUUGUGUCUCUUAGUUCUGCCAAGAUGGUCAUCUAUGCAGAGCAUGACGCCUUGCUUUUCUGAGCAAACAUGAUCCAGAUUCCAGUUACUAGCUUUUUUUUUUUUUUUUUCUCAUAAUCUCAGUAAUGUAAACACGUAACUGCUGAUGACUAGUUGCUUGCAUCUUAAUCCUCUUGCCUGUUGCUUCCUUGCUCUCUUCCUGCUUUUCAUUUCCUUCUUAAAAAGCAUCAGUACAUUGUAGAUUGUUAGAGAACGUUGCGUUGGGCAUUAGACUGCAUUCUUUUUUUAUGCAUAAUAUUCCAUCAUAAUUGAAACUGGUGGAGACCCAUAUUUAUUUUUGGUGCUCUCAUUUUUCAUCAGCUUUUCUCUUUUAUUGUGCUUAUUUUUUGCUCUUCAAAAGCUCCUUAUCACUGCAUUUGUGAAUCAUUUUACAGUAAUGUCUUUGUUUUCCCUUGCAUGUGUUUAUCUAUAAGAGAAAAACAGCACUGUUAGAAUGUUUUGUAAACCAACGUUUAAAGCCUUAGUCCAGAGUCAGAGACUGGACUAAAGUCAAUACUACUGAGAGGGAGCAUAUAAUACCAUAUGUUAGUUAAACAAAACAAACUCUGAUCUGUAUAUUUUGUCUGCCAAUGAAAUCUGUCUGUGAAUAAAGUAGUGAAAAAAUG